GGUUUAGUCCAGGGUCCCAAUGGCACCAUCGAGAGCCCAGGGUUUCCGCACGGUUAUCCAAACUACGCGAACUGCACCUGGAUCAUUAUCACAGGAGAACGCAAUCGGAUACAACUGUCGUUCCACACCUUCGCCCUUGAAGAAGAUUUUGAUAUUUUAUCGGUGUACGACGGCCAGCUCCAACAAGGGAAUUUGAAAGUGAGGUUGUCGGGAUUCCAGCUGCCGUCCUCCGUCGUCAGCACGGGCUCGAUCCUCACGCUGUGGUUCACGACAGACUUCGCGGUGAGCGCCCAAGGCUUCAAGGCCCUGUAUGAAGUUUUACCUAGCCACACAUGUGGAAAUCCGGGGGAAAUCCUGAAAGGAGUUCUGCACGGAACAAGGUUCAACAUCGGGGACAAGAUCAGGUACAGCUGCCUCCCCGGCUACGUCUUGGAAGGCCACGCGGUUCUGACCUGCAUUGUCAGCCCUGGGAACGGUGCUUCGUGGGACUUUCCGGCUCCGUUCUGCAGGGCUGAGGGAGCCUGUGGAGGGACCCUGCGGGGAACCAGCAGCACCAUCUCCAGCCCCCACUUCCCCUCGGAAUAUGGGAACAACGCCGACUGCACCUGGACCAUCCUGGCCGAGCCAGGGGACACCAUCGCCUUAGUCUUCACUGACUUUCAACUAGAGGAAGGGUACGACUUCUUAGAGAUCAGUGGAACAGAAGCACCAUCCAUAUGGUUGACUGGCAUGAACCUCCCUUCUCCCGUUAUAAGUAGCAAGAAUUGGUUACGACUCCAUUUUACAUCUGACAGUAACCAUCGACGCAAAGGAUUUAAUGCACAGUUUCAAGUGAAAAAGGCAAUUGAACUGAAGUCAAGAGGAGUCAAGAUGAUGCCCAGCAAGGACAGUAGCCAUAAAAACUCUGUCUUGAGUCAAGGAGGCGUUGCGUUGGUUUCUGACAUGUGUCCGGAUCCUGGGAUUCCAGAGAAUGGUAGAAGAGCAGGUUCUGACUUCAGGGUUGGUGCAAAUGUACAGUUCUCCUGUGAGGACAAUUAUGUGCUCCAGGGAUCCAAGAGCAUAACCUGUCAGAGAGUCACAGAGACACUGGCUGCGUGGAGCGACCAUCGGCCCAUUUGCCGCGCUAGAACAUGUGGCUCCAAUCUGCGUGGACCCAGUGGCGUCAUUACGUCCCCUAACUACCCGGUGCAGUAUGAGGACAAUGCUCACUGUGUGUGGGUCAUCACCACGACAGACCCAGACAAGGUCAUCAAGCUUGCCUUUGAGGAGUUUGAACUAGAACGAGGCUAUGACACGCUUACAGUGGGCGAUGCUGGCAAAGUGGGCGAUACCAGGACGGUCUUGUACGUACUGACCGGGUCCAGCGUCCCGGACCUCAUCGUGAGCAUGAGCAACCAGAUGUGGCUCCACCUGCAGUCGGACGACAGCAUCGCGUCCCCCGGGUUCAAAGCUGUCUACCAAGAAAUUGAAAAGGGAGGCUGUGGGGACCCUGGAGUUCCUGCCUACGGGAAGCGGACUGGCGACAGCUUCCUCCACGGGGACACGCUGACAUUCGAGUGCCAGGCGGCCUUUGAGCUGGUGGGAGAGCGCGUGAUCACGUGCCAGCAGAACAACCAGUGGUCCGGCAACAAACCCAGCUGUGUAUUUUCCUGCUUCUUCAACUUUACUGCAUCGUCGGGAAUUAUUCUCUCACCCAAUUACCCCGAGGAAUACGGCAACAACAUGAACUGUGUCUGGUUGAUCAUUUCCGAACCAGGAAGCAGAAUUCACCUCAUCUUUAACGAUUUCGACGUGGAACCCCAGUUUGAUUUCCUUGCGAUCAAAGAUGACGGCAUUUCUGAUAUCACCGUCCUGGGCACCUUCUCGGGCCACGAGGUCCCCUCACAGCUGGCCAGCAGCGGGCACAUAGUCCGCUUGGAAUUCCAGUCCGACCACUCCACGACCGGCAGGGGGUUCAACAUCACUUACACCACAUUUGGUCAGAAUGAGUGUCAUGACCCUGGCAUUCCCAUAAACGGACGGCGUUUUGGUGACAGAUUUCUGCUGGGGAGCUCAGUUUCCUUCCACUGUGACGAUGGCUUUGUCAAAACGCAGGGGUCGGAGUCCAUCACCUGCAUCCUGCAGGACGGGAAUGUCGUCUGGAGCUCCACGGUGCCUCGCUGCGAAGCGCCAUGUGGUGGACACCUGACAGCUUCCAGCGGACUCAUUUUGCCUCCCGGAUGGCCAGGGUACUAUAAAGAUUCUUUAAAUUGUGAAUGGAUCAUUGAAGCAAAACCAGGACAUUCCAUCAAAAUAACUUUUGAUAGAUUUCAGACAGAAGUCAACUAUGACACUCUGGAGGUCCGAGACGGGCCCGCCAACUCGUCCCCACUGAUCGGAGAGUACCAUGGCACACAAGCUCCCCAGUUCCUGAUCAGCACGGGGCACUUCAUGUACCUGCUGUUCACCACUGACAACAGCCGCUCCAGCGUGGGCUUCCUCAUUCACUAUGAGAGUGUGACCCUGGAGUCGGACUCCUGUCUCGACCCCGGGAUCCCCGUGAAUGGGCAUCGGCAUGGCAGUAAUUUUGCCAUCAGAUCCACAGUGACAUUCAGCUGCCAUCCAGGAUACACGCUCAGUGACGACGAGCCCCUGAUCUGUGAGCAGAACCACCAGUGGAACCACGCCUUGCCCAGCUGUGACGCCCUCUGUGGAGGUUACAUCCAUGGAAAGAGUGGGACAGUCCUUUCUCCUGGGUUUCCAGAUUUUUACCCAAACUCCCUAAACUGCACAUGGACCAUUGAAGUGUCUCAUGGAAAGGGUGUUCAGAUGAUGUUUCAUACCUUCCACCUCGAGAGCUCCCACGACUACUUACUGAUCACGGAGGAUGGGAGUUUCUCUGAGCCCGUGGCCAGACUCACGGGCUCUGUCCUGCCGCACACUAUUAAGGCAGGUUUGUUCGGAAACUUCACCGCCCAGCUUCGGUUCAUAUCAGACUUUUCCAUUUCCUACGAGGGCUUCAACAUCACAUUUUCAGAGUAUGACUUGGAGCCUUGCGAUGAUCCUGGUGUCCCUGCCUUCAGCCGGAGAAUCGGUUUUCACUUCGGAGUCGGGGACUCUCUGACCUUUUCCUGCUUCCCAGGGUAUCGCUUGGAAGGCGCAAGGAAGCUUACGUGCCUGGGUGGGGGCCGCCGUGUGUGGAGCGCGCCUCUGCCAAGGUGUGUGGCUGAAUGUGGAGCAAGUGUCAAAGGAAAUGAAGGAACGUUGCUGUCUCCAAAUUUCCCAUCGAAUUAUGAUAAUAACCACGAGUGUAUCUAUAAAAUAGAGACGGAAGCCGGCAAGGGGAUUCAUCUCAGGGCGCAAAGCUUCCAACUGUUUGAAGGAGACAUUCUAAAGGUGUACGACGGAAGAGACAGUUCGUCACGUCUGCUGGGAGCCUUCACCAAGAACGAGCUCAUGGGGCUGGUCCUCAAUAGCACAUCUAACCACCUGUGGCUUGAGUUCAACACCAACGGGUCGGACACGGACCAGGGCUUCCAGCUCACCUAUACAAGUUUUGACCUAGUAAAGUGUGAGGAUCCAGGAGUCCCUAACUAUGGCUAUAGGAUCCGAGACGAAGGCCACUUUACUGACACUGUGGUUCUGUACAGCUGUAACCCGGGCUACGCCAUGCACGGCAGCGACACGCUGACCUGCCUCAGCGGGGACCGCAGAGUGUGGGACAAGCCGCUGCCUUCCUGUGUCGCCGAGUGUGGUGGCCAGAUCCACGCGGCCACCUCCGGGCGGAUCCUGUCUCCUGGCUACCCGGCCCCGUAUGACAACAACCUCCACUGCACCUGGAUCAUAGAGGCAGACCCAGGGAAGACCAUCAGCCUGCACUUCAUCGUGUUCGACACGGAGACGGCCCACGACACCCUGAAGGUGUGGGACGGCCCGCGGGACAGCGACAUCCUGCUCAAGGAGUGGAGCGGCUCCCUGCUCCCCGAGGACAUCCACAGCACGUUCAGUGCCCUCACCCUGCAGUUCGACAGCGACUUCUUCAUCAGCAAGUCGGGCUUCUCCAUCCAGUUCUCAACCUCAGUGGCGUCCACCUGCAACGAUCCAGGAAUGCCUCAGAACGGCACCCGCUAUGGGGAUAGCAGAGAGCCCGGCGACACCAUCACCUUCCAGUGUGACCCUGGGUACCAGCUCCAAGGACAAGCGAAAAUCACCUGUGUGCAGCUGAAUAACCGAUUCUUUUGGCAACCGGACCCUCCUACCUGCAUAGCUGCCUGUGGGGGGAACCUGACGGGCCCGGCAGGCGUCAUUUUGUCGCCUAACUACCCACAGCCGUAUCCUCCCGGCAAAGAAUGUGACUGGAGAAUAAAAGUGAAUCCCGACUUCGUCAUUGCCUUGAUAUUCAAAAGUUUCAACAUGGAGCCCAGCUACGACUUCCUGCACAUCUAUGAAGGAGAGGAUUCCAACAGACCUCUCCUUGGAAGCUUCCAGGGCUCUCAAGCCCCAGAAAGAAUUGAGAGCAGUGGAAACAGUGUUUUCCUGGCGUUUCGGAGUGACGCCUCUGUGGGCUUGUCGGGAUUCGCGAUUGAAUUUAAAGAGAAGCCACGGGAAGCCUGCUUUGACCCUGGAAAUAUAAUGAACGGGACAAGAAUUGGCACAGACUUCAAGCUUGGCUCAAGUGUCACUUACCAGUGUGACUCUGGCUACAAGAUCGUGGACCCCUCGUCCAUCACGUGUGUGAUCGGAGCAGACGGAAAACCUGCCUGGAGCCAAGCCUUGCCGUCCUGCAACGCUCCCUGCGGAGGACAGUACACAGGAUCCGAAGGGGUCGUUUUGUCGCCCAACUACCCUCAUAAUUACACAGCCGGCCAGAUAUGCCUUUACUCCAUCACGGUGCCCAAGGAGUUCGUGGUGUUUGGACAAUUUGCCUAUUUCCAGACGGCACUGAACGAUUUGGCGGAAUUAUUUGAUGGAACACACCCGCAAGCCAGACUCCUCAGCUCACUCUCUGGGUCACAUUCAGGUGAAACGUUACCUUUGGCGACAUCAAAUCAGAUUCUCCUGCGAUUCAGCGCCAAGAGUGGAGCGUCUGCCCGGGGCUUCCACUUCGUUUACCAAGCUGUGCCUCGAACCAGCGAUACCCAGUGCAGCUCUAUCCCCGAGCCCAGAUACGGAAGGAGAAUCGGCUCGGAGUUUUCUGCGGGUUCGAUCGUCCGUUUCGAGUGUAACCCGGGAUACCUCCUUCAGGGCUCCACGGCCAUCCGCUGUCAGUCCGUGCCCAAUGCUCUAGCUCAGUGGAAUGACACGAUCCCGAGCUGCAUAGUCCCCUGCAGUGGCAAUUUCACUCAGCGCAGAGGUACAAUUUUAUCCCCCGGCUACCCGGAACCCUAUGGUAACAACUUAAACUGUAUCUGGAAAAUCAUAGUUACAGAGGGAUCAGGGAUUCAGAUUCAAGUCAUCAGUUUUGCCACCGAGCAGAACUGGGACUCUCUGGAGAUCUACGAUGGCGGUGACAUGGCAGCGCCCAGGCUGGGAAGUUUCUCAGGAACCACAGUCCCAGCCCUUCUGAACAGCACCUCCCACCAGCUCUAUCUGCAUUUCCAGUCCGAUAUCAGUGUAGCAGCUGCCGGCUUUCACCUGGAGUACAAAACUGUGGGUCUCGCCGCGUGCCAAGAACCAGCCCUUCCCAGCAACGGCAUCAAAAUAGGAGACCGGUACAUGGUGAACGACGUCCUCUCCUUCCAGUGUGAACCGGGCUACACCCUGCAGGGCCGGUCCCACAUUUCCUGCAUGCCGGGAACCGUCCGCCGCUGGAACUACCCGUCCCCGCUCUGCAUUGCAACCUGCGGAGGGACGCUGAGCAGCAUGGGGGGCGUGAUCUUGAGCCCAGGGUUUCCGGGCGCUUACCCCAACAACCUGGACUGCACGUGGAAAAUCGAGCUGCCCGUUGGCUAUGGUGCGCAUAUUCAGUUUCUGAAUUUUUCUACGGAAGCUAAUCACGACUACCUGGAAAUACAAAACGGCCCCUACCACACGAGCCCCAUGAUCGGGCAGUUCAGUGGUCCGGACCCCCCCUCCGCCCUGCUCAGUACGACGCACGAAACGCGCAUCCACUUCUACAGUGACCACUCCCAGAACCGGCAAGGGUUUAAGCUCGCUUACCAAGCCUACGAGCUCCAGAACUGCCCGGACCCACCUCCUUUUCAGAAUGGUUACAUGGUCAACGCGGACUACAGCGUGGGACAGUCCAUCUCAUUUGAGUGUUACCCUGGGUACAUUUUGCUUGGCCACCCAGUCCUCACCUGUCAGCACGGGAUCAACAGAAACUGGAAUUAUCCCUUUCCAAGAUGUGACGCUCCUUGUGGAUAUAAUGUAACAUCUCCGAAUGGUACCAUUUACUCCCCUGGAUUUCCAGACGAGUACCCAAUCCUGAAGGACUGCAUUUGGCUGGUCACCGUCCCUCCCGGCCAUGGGGUCUACAUCAACUUCACGUUGCUACAGACGGAAGCCGUGAAUGAUUACAUUGCUGUCUGGGAUGGGCCUGACCAGAACUCACCUCAGCUGGGAGUUUUCAGUGGCAACACAGCCCUGGAAACGGCAUACAGCUCCACCAACCAGGUCCUGCUCAAGUUCCACAGCGACUUUUCCAACGGAGGCUUCUUUGUUCUCAAUUUUCACGCAUUUCAGCUCAAGAAAUGCCAACCUCCCCCCUCGGUUCCACAGGCAGAAAUGCUUACGGAGGAUGAGGAUUUUGAAAUAGGGGACUUCGUGAAGUACCAGUGCCACCCUGGGUACACGCUGUCUGGGACAGACACCCUGACCUGUAAGCUCAGUGCCCAGCUGCAGUUUGAAGGUGCUCUCCCAACGUGUGAAGCACAAUGCCCUGCGAAUGAAGUCCGGACGGAGUCCUCUGGAGUCAUCCUCAGUCCUGGUUACCCGGGCAAUUACUUUAACUCCCAGACAUGCUCAUGGAGUAUUAAAGUGGAACCGCACUACAACAUCACCAUCUUCGUGGACACAUUUCAAAGUGAAAAGCAAUUUGAUACCCUGGAAGUAUUUGAUGGUUCUUCCGGUCAGAGUCCUCUGUUGGUGGUCUUAAGUGGGAACCACACUCAACAGUCGAAUUUUACAAGCAGGAGCAAUCAGUUAUACCUUCGCUGGUCCACUGAUCACGCAACCAGUAAAAAAGGGUUCAAGAUUCGGUAUACAGCGCCCUACUGCAGCCUGACCCACACCCCAAAGAACGGAGGUGUUUUCAAUAGGACCACAGGAGCACUGGGGAGUAAAGUGCAUUAUUUCUGCAAGCCCGGGCAUCGGAUGAUUGGCCACAGCAACGCGACCUGCCGAAGGAGUCCAGGAGCUGUGUCCUGUGGAAUCCCCGAGUCCCCAGGAAACGGUUCAUUUACGGGCAACGAGUUCACGUUGGAUAGUAAAGUGACCUAUGAAUGUAACGAGGGCUUUCAGCUGGAAGCUGGCCAGCAAGCAGCCGCUGUGUGUCGGGAAGAUGGAUUAUGGAACAACACAGGGAAGCCCCCCAUGUGUAAACCGGUAACUUGUCCCAGCAUUGAGGCUCAGCUCUCGGAUCACGUCACCUGGAGACUGGUUUCGGGAUCCCUGAAUGAGUACGGAGCUCAGGUUGUGCUCAGCUGCAGCCCUGGGUAUUUCCUGGAGAGCCAGAGGCUGGUGCAGUGCCAGGCGAACGGAACGUGGAGCAUCGGCGAAGAGAGGCCCAGAUGUCGAGUGAUCUCCUGUGGAAGCCUCUCCUUCCCCCCAAACGGUAACAAGAUUGGCACACUGACGGUCUACGGGGCCACAGCCAUAUUUACGUGCAACACGGGCUACACCCUUGUGGGGUCUCAUGUCAGAGAGUGCUUAGCCAACGGACUCUGGAGUGGCACAGAAACGCGAUGUCUGGCCGGCCACUGUGGCUCCCCGGAUCCGAUUGUGAACGGUCACAUCAGCGGGGACGGCUUCAGUUACAGGGACACUGUGGUUUACCAGUGCAAUCCUGGCUUCAGGCUGGUGGGGACGUCGGUUCGGAUAUGCCUGCAGGACCACAAGUGGUCGGGACAGACCCCAGUCUGUGUCCCCAUCACCUGUGGCCACCCUGGGAACCCCGCUCACGGGUUCACCAACGGCAGCGAGUUCAACCUGAACGACGUGGUGAACUUCACCUGUAGCGCCGGCUACCUGCUGCAGGGCGCCGCCCGAGCCCAGUGUCGGAGCAACGGCCAGUGGAGCAGCGCUCUGCCCACCUGUCGAGUGGUGAACUGCUCAGAUCCAGGCUUUGUGGAAAAUGCCAUUCGUCACGGGCAACAGAAUUUCCCUGAGAGCUUUGAAUACGGGAUGAGUGUCAUGUACCAUUGCAAGAAGGGGUUUUACCUGUUGGGGUCUUCUGCCUUAACCUGCAUGGCUAACGGCCUGUGGGAUCGUUCUCUACCCAAGUGUCUGGCCAUAUCAUGCGGCCACCCAGGGGUUCCUGCCAAUGCUAUCCUGACUGGAGAACUGUUCACAUACGGUGCCGUAGUUCACUACGCGUGCAAAGGGAGCCAGGACCUUGUAGGCAACAGCACCCGGGUUUGUCAAGAGGACAGUCACUGGAGUGGAACGCUUCCCCACUGCACGGGAAAUGAUCCUGGAUUUUGUGGCGAUCCCGGGACCCCAGCACAUGGGUCCCGCCUUGGAGAUGAACUCAAGGCCAAGAGCCUUCUCCGCUUCUCCUGUGAAGUGGGCUACCAGCUGAGGGGCUCUCCUGAGCGGACUUGUUUGCUCAAUGGCUCGUGGUCUGGACUGCAGCCUGUGUGUGAAGCCGUGUCCUGUGGAAACCCUGGCACGCCCACCAAUGGCAUGAUAGUCAGCAGCGACGGCAUCCUGUUCUCCAGCUCGGUCAUCUACGCCUGCUGGGAAGGCUACAAGACCUCAGGGCUCAUGACGCGGCACUGCACGGCCAACGGGACCUGGACGGGUACAGCCCCUGACUGCACAGUUAUAAGCUGUGGGGACCCAGGCACCCUGGCAAAUGGCAUCCAGUUUGGGACAGAUUUCACCUUCAAUAAGACCGUGAGCUACCAGUGCGAUCCCGGCUACCUCAUGGAGCCCAUCACAUCAUCCACCAUCCGCUGUACCAAAGACAGUACGUGGAAUAGCAGCAAACCGGUCUGCAAAGCUGUCAUGUGCGGUCAGCCACCUCACGUGCUGCAUGGAAAAGUGGAGGGAACGGACUUCCGCUGGGGUGCCAGCGUAAGUUACAGCUGCGUGGAUGGCUUCCAGCCCUCUCAUUCCGCCAUCCUCUCCUGCGAAGGCCACGGCGUGUGGAAAGGAGAGGUCCCCCAGUGCCUGCCUGUCUUCUGCGGAGACCCAGGCACCCCUGCGGAGGCGCGACUCAGUGGCAAAAGCUUCACCUAUAAGUCAGAAGUCUUCUUCCAGUGCAAAUCUCCCUUUGUACUGGUGGGGUCGUCCAGAAGAACCUGCCAGGCAGACGGCACGUGGAGUGGCACACAGCCCACCUGCAUCGACCCUGCUCAUAAUUCCUGCCCAGACCCUGGUACUCCACACUUUGGGAUACAGAAUAGCUCCAGAGGAUAUGAGGUUGGAAGCACGGUGUUUUUCAGGUGCAGGAAAGGCUACCACAUUCAAGGUUCUACGACCCGCACUUGCCUCGCAAAUUUAACCUGGAGUGGAAUUCAGACUGAGUGUAUACCCCACACCUGCAGACAGCCCGAGACGCCAGCCAACGCGGACGUGAGAGCGAUCGAUCUCCCCACCUUCGGUUACACCUUGGUGUACACCUGCCAUCCGGGAUUUUUCCUCGCGGCUGGGUCUGAGCACAGGACGUGUAAAGCAGAUAUGAAAUGGACAGGAAAAUCACCCGUCUGCAAAAGUAAAGGAGUGAGAGAAGUUAAUGAAACAGUUACUAAAACUCCAGUUCCUUCCGAUGUAUUUUUUAUCAAUUCCGUGUGGAAGGGAUAUUAUGAAUAUUUAGGGAAGAGACAGCCCGCAACUCUAACGGUGGACUGGUUCAAUGCCACGAGCAGCAAGGUGAACGCGACCUUCCUGGAGGCCUCUCAGGUGGAGCUGAAGUUGACAGGCGUUUAUAAGAAAGAAGAGGCACACUUACUUCUGAAAGCUUUUCAAAUUAAAGGCCCUGCAGAUAUUUUUGUAAGCAAGUUUGAAAAUGACAACUGGGGACUAGCUGGUUAUGUUUCAUCAGGACUGGAAAGAGGGGGAUUUACUUUUCAAGGUGAUAUUCAUGGAAAAGACUUUGGAAGAUUCAAGCUCGAAAGACAAGAUCCCCUGAACUCGGAUCAAGACGCCCCGAAUCAGCACCAGGGCACGAGCAGCGGGUCCGUGGCGGCCGCCAUCCUCGUCCCGUUCUUCGCUCUCAUUUUGUCGGGGUUUGCGUUUUACCUCUACAAACACAGAACGAGACCAAAAGUUCAAUACAAUGGCUACGCGGGACAUGAAAACAGCAAUGGACAAGCUUCGUUUGAAAACCCCAUGUAUGAUACAAACUUAAAACCCACAGAAGCCAAGGCUGUGCGGUUUGACACGACUCUGAACACAGUGUGUACGGUGGUAUAG